CAGACUAUGUUGAGGACAUGCAGCAGGCGACUCAAGUCUACAGGAAGCUGCAGGCACUGACUAGUGACAGCAAGCGAAACAGCAGCAGCAUGGACAGCAAGUAUCAGCAUCAGCACCAUGGCGUCAAACGAGCGCUGCACGUGCUACGCGUGAUGUACAUGCUGACGCUUUGCAUUCUGACGCCCAGGCCGUCGACGGCACAGCGGGGACGGGGUGACGCCAGUGACGUCACGCUUGGCACGCAGAGACUGGGUCGGAUGGACAGCAAAGCGCAAGUGCUGCUGCAGGAGAUGACCUCCCCGACCCGCGCCUGCGGCGAGACGGACAUGGCGCUGAUGCGACGUAAGCGACUGCGGCAUCCCAGCAUCACCUGCAACGACGGCAGCAGCGCCGGGUACUACAUACGCAAAUCGCGCGGGAGCUCCAAGUGGAUUGUCUUCCUGGAAGGAGGCUGGUUUUGCUUUGACAGAGCCAGCUGCAUAGAGCGCCGACUUAUGAUGCCCGACUAUAUGAGCUCUCUCAAGUGGCCCCGCCACAGAAAAGGUACAGGAAUUCUUUCUUGGGAUCCACAGGAGAAUCCACAUUACUUUCAUUCAAAUAUGGUGUUAAUUCCUUACUGUUCAAGUGAUUCCUGGAGUGGAACAAAGAAUCGAACAAAAGGUGAGGAGUUUGCUUUUAUGGGGUCCAUUAUUGAGGAGGUGAUUCAGAAACUAAUGAAGAAGGGACUUCGCAAAGCCAGGAAGCUGCUUGUGGCUGGAAGCAGUGCUGGUGGAACUGGUGUCCUUGUCAACAUAGACCACAUAGCAGAGAUUGUGCGAAGUCGAGCCCCGCAGGUGGAGGUACGAGGUCUAGUAGAUGCUGGGUGGUUUUUAGACAAAGACCCAGCUCAAGGCCACGUUUGUCUUAGUGCCCACAGCUGUCCUGCCCUCGUCAGCAUUCAGCGAGGUAUCAAAAUGUGGGAGCCACGUCUACCGAAAGAUUGCCAAGCCAAGUACCCGACAGAAAUAUGGCGCUGCUACUUUGGACAUAGAUUCUAUCAUAUGUUAAAGACUCCUGUGUACAUCAUACAGAAUCUUUAUGAUGCUGCUCAGAUUAAAGUGGACAACAUUUUAGAUGAGAAUAAUGGAGGAGACUUCAACGCGAAAUGGCAGUAUCUCCUGAAGUUGGGGGAAGAAGUCAAGGCCACACUUGAAAAUGCUAGUGCUGUGUUUGCACCUGCCUGCAUAUCCCACGAUGUCCUGUUAAACAGUAAGUGGCACAAGCUGUCUAUCGAUGGAGUGACCCUAUCCCAGUCCAUUUACUGCUGGGAAGAAAAUGGUGCCUUCACAUUUUCCAACUGCCAACAUGCCAACAUUGCUGGUGUGCAAAAUAAUAGGUUACAAACAAGUGGGACAUCUCGUAAUGAUACACCACUGGCAGAUUCACCACCUGCAGGGGAGUCCAAAAAGAAAGGGAAAAAGAAAAACAGAAAGAAGAUGAAUAGAAAGAACUGGAGAAGAAACAAAAACCAAGGACAUUCAUCAGAUACUGAUAGAAGCCGACGAGAAGCAGAGAGAGGAUCCAGGUGUAAGAAGCACUUGCUGGAUCGCUGCCCUUGGCCCCAUUGCAACUGUUCGUGUCUGCGUUGCUGCUGGCCGGACACAAUGAAUGAAGUGAACCAAUACUUCAUGAAAAAUCUUGCAUCUGCCAUGGACAUAGAUCCUGUUAAGAUGCAGAACAUGCAUCUGUGUGGCUAUUAGCAUAAUCUGUGAAAGAAUUCAGAGGCGCAAUUUCUUCUAUUGAAGUCAAACAUUUAUAGUGUGAUCUUUGCGAGUCACUACUACCUUAUACCUCAGAGGAGUAUAUGGUGAACUGCAAACUUCCAGAGAGCUUCAUAUUGCAUGCAGCCUGUAACAGUGUACAGUAGAAUAGCACAACCAAUCAGCAAAAGUGCAAAGGGGGCUGCUGGCUUUUGGCAAACUGUCCGGCUAGAUAGGAGCUCUAAGGAUGUCUUUGGAAAGGCUUCAGACAUGAAUACUGAAGGAGUGAAUGACUUUUUCAUCAAUGUUUGCUGUUUACUUAGUAGUACUCUCAGCAUUUGACUUACAUUUUUGUGACUGGAGUUCGUCUACAUUGUUAGCAGGCUGUUAAAGUAUUUGCAAAACUUGACCAGAAACCAGACAAGUUUCUUUUUACUUCUGUGCAAUUUUUUGAACUCAGGGCACCAGCACAUCAAAUGUGGAAGAGCUCGGUGUGGUGUUCACUGCUGACUAGACUGUUGUUUCCACAAUAUCCCACAGUAAUAGCUUUAUUCUGUGUAGAGAGAUACACAGUCACCGUUCCCAGACUAGAAUAGACAAGAGAACAAUGCUGGCAGUGUCUUGAAACCUGUAGAUAUGACAGUACUAAAUGACAGUGCCAUACACUCUGGCAACAAAUUAAGAGGCUAGCCAACCUGUAUUUUCUGUACCCAUGUUUUGUGAGAAGCCAGUACCUUUUGAAACUUGCUAGAAUUUAUUGUCUGAAAGAGCUGAGACUUCAAAAAGAAAAAGUGAAGCUGUGUAUGUGGCAGAAAGUUUUUGGUACCAUCUAGUCAUACACAUGCACGUAUCUGUUAACAGACAAACUGCCUUUGCCUAUCCCAAGCUUAAAUUUUAGAUGUUUUUCAUAAAAUACUAAACUGAAGUAUGUGGCACUCUUUAAUAUUUCUUCCUUGUGCAAGAUGUACAAUCUCUGAUUUUUCCACUUGUUCACAGCCCAACAAUAAUAGGACUGUUCUCAGUUGUUGCAUGACCAGAGCAUUUCAUGACCUCAUAAAUGGACUGUAGUGUUAUGGUGUGAAUGUUACAGAUAUGAGGCUGAAAGAAAUAUUUUUGAAUUAUACAACAAGUUUACCUCAGUUUCUUCUCAUGUAAUAAUAUCAGUCUCAGCCAUCGUCUAACAUAUGCUGAAAAUAUUAAGUGAAUAUUUUAAAUUGUUUUUACUUUGCCUUUAUGGCAGGCACAGAAAGUCAGUUCCAACCAUCUCCACAGAAAGAAACAUGUUAGACAAGUUUCUACAUCCCAAUGACUGAUUUGUUACUUGGUGAACUCUUUUCACUGCUGCAGUGCCCAUAAUUCCUUUUUUAGAGGACUGAUGAUAAAAUUUAAUUCACAUGCAGGUGGAAGUAAUGUUUGUAGCUAUCUUUGGUGUACCUGAUAGAUUACAUGACACACUGACACAGAUUACAUCUGGCAUAGAAGACAUCGUCCCACCCAACAUUUCAGAUGAAUAACAAGACUUCUUUAUGAUCCUGCUAAAGCCACUACCACAUUACACCAUGCAAGACCCAUUUGACACACAUCACAUGAGACUGACACACUUGACACAUUAUGCAAGACUGACAUACCUGGCACACAUCCUGCAAGACUGACAUACCGAGCACACCUACAUAAGAUGCAUUAACCCUGAGCUUGUGGUAUUCAGUGCAACGAGAUGGUUAAAUGUGACCACUGACCUGGACAUAGGUUGUGAUUUUCAGAAUAUGUAGAUGUUGUAUCUGUACAUAGAUUUUCAUAGAGGUUGUGAUUUGUUUAGUGUUGGCUCUGUGUGUGUGUGUGUGAGAACGAGUGAAAGAGGCUGUAAGAGAUCAACACUGGUACUUUGUGAGAGACUGACACUUCUUAUUGUUUUGGUGAAUACACUUUUCACUGUUACCUAUCUAAUUUUAGUAACAAGCCCCUAUUAAAAAAAGAAAUCAUCCAUAACAGCAAGCAAAUGAACAAGCUAAAGAAGCUGUGUUGUAUCUUGCCCUCCUUCCACAUAAUGGCCAGAUCACAUACCUUUUAACAUGUUCAAAUAGUAAAUUUUGGGCAAAGUAUCUGUUCUUCGAAUGUUAAGCAUCUUUUAUGUUCAUAGGCUAAUAGUAUACGCUUUGUGAUUUGGUCAUUUGAUAAAUUGUGAAAACAUGAACUUUAGUGAACACUCAUACUGUGGACAAUUUUCAAGGUAGACUUUGUAGCUUGUGUGAGGUCCAUAAUUUUUAGCGCCAUACGAAUUUGUAAAACUCCUUAUAUGUUUCGCAAAAAUUUCAAUGUCAAAAGUAGUACAAGAACAAUAUUUUAUCAGUUUCAUUCCCUGUUAGACAAACCACAGGAAGUCACUGAUUGCUUAGGUUUUGUUGUUUGUAAUAUAUUUUGAAAGAACAUGACUUUGAAGUAAAAGAAGCAUAGCUUUAUUCAAAAUC